AUGGACUCAAGCAAGCAGGACGUGACGAUCAUGGGCAGCAACACCAAAGCUGCACGCCUCCGACAAGCCAUCGCAGCACUUGAUGACGAGACCAACAUCCUCAAUCGACAGACCCGCGUCUUGGAGACCCAGACGGCAGCACUCACGCGAUCGCAUUCUUGGAGCGGAAAGAGGAUUUCUAGGAGCACUUCUACCGCAGAGUCGACCGCAGCCUCGAAUGCGAGGGAGAUCAUUUCGAACCAGACCUCUAACGAUGCCCUAGCAAUCUCCAUCACCACAGAUCUACAAGACCACGACGCCCGACUAGCCAAGGACGCCCGCAAUCUCCCCGGACACGUCACUACACGGCUCAAGGCGGACGACCGGGCGCUUGCUGCGACUCUGGAGCGGGCUGGAAGACUCGAGGAUGGGAGUAAAGCUGAGGCGGAAUUUAUGGCGGUUGAGGCACGAAUCCAGAAGUUGGUGAAGGUUCUGCACGCGAAGAAGGUGGAAGACCUGAAGAACAGGUUGGACGCGGCGUACCUGCAAAGCCUUGCAUCUCACGCAGAGACGACUUCGACUGGAACAGACGGCGAUGUUGGUCUUCACGAUACCAGUGCAAGACCCGACACCCAACCCCGCCCAAUGACGGCUACGACAGCUGACGGAGAAGAAGCAGCACAAGCACAAAUAUUCCAGCUCCAAGCCGACAUCAGCACGCUGUACACCGAGAUCGAAGACGUCACGACGAUGCUGAUCAAUCAAGAACACUCGCUCGGGCUGCAGAAAACCAUUGCACGGAUUCGAACACACAGGCAACAGGCUGAGCAGAUGGUUUUGCGUCACGCACUGCUCAGUCUGCGAGAUAUGACAACGAAGGCUGUGGCACUAGCAGAACAAGCGCAGGCAGUGAGCGCGCAGAGGAGGGUUCUGCAAGAGAUCGAGACGCAACUGGGAUGCGUGCAGCGUGAAGCUCGGAUCAAGUCAGGCCCAGCCACAGCAUCAAGCAAAACGACAACGAGUCAAGGAGCAGCGACAAAGGCAACGAGCGGUGCGUUGAGGGCGGGUCGAGAUGGGUCGCACGUCUCCAGAGCGGACGAGCUUAUCGGAAAGGCCAAGCAGAUCGACGACAUCCUGAGGGCUGCUCUCGAGACGCGGUUGCGCGCGGUUGCUACUCUACCUGUGAAGGUCGAGUACAGUGACGAGGUAGCUGGGCUUGAGGCUGUUGAGCAGCGGAUUGGAAGCAUGAAGGGAACGCUUGAGACGAUCACUAGCACAGUCGGCCACCUGGGAUAG